CGAUCCAUAAARAGCAAGCCGGAACAGCCAACAACCAACAACCCAUUGCACCCGUCCCGAACAUGCCGGUGGACGAGUUUGGCCGCGAGAUCCCGGCCGCCCGGGGCCGYCGGUCCCCCUCCCCGCAGCGGUCCGGGAGCGGAAGUGGAAGCGGGCUGCCCUCCCACCUGUACGAYUCGCUCCCCACCUCGCGGUACGACGCCGCCGAUCCUGGCCACCACCACCGACCGGAGGAUUCCCGCGGCCACCCGUCGUCCUCCUCCCGCAAGCGCAAGCACCGGUCGCGGUCCCCGCCGCCGAGGAGGGACCGGGGCGAGGGCCACCACCGAGACCGGGAAAGCGGGAGCGGCUUCCACCACCCAAAACCCGGCAAGGCCCACCCGUCGGUGGUCUACGUGGAGGAACCCAUGCUGUGCCAGUUCCUAUGGAAGGAGGCCAACGAGGGCAAGACCGACGAGGACUACGACGAGUACCGCAAGUCCUACUGCCUCAACUACGUCCGGACCUUUUUCAACGAGCACAUGGACGACUCGUGGUUUCGGUCCCUCUACAGCCCGCUGGCAAGGUACGAAGUGGCGAGGCAGGAACUCGACCGGGCCGCGAGGGAGGCCGGAGACUUUGCGGGGGAGCUGGAAUCCUCCCUGGCCAAGACGAACGAAAGCAACGGCGAGCCGUCCUUUUUCGUGCUCAAGGCCCGGCUAGGCGGCGGGAUCCGGCAGGCGGGAAAGCAGGAUUACCACCACCACUCCCCCUCCAAAUCCUUUCGGCAGUCCUCCCUCGUCAACCCCGUCCCGGGCACKCAUGUUCUCUCGCUGGCGGGCAAGGUCCUGCCGAUCCUCGAGGUCCCCCACUACGUGACGGACGAGCAGCUGACGGUGGCGCUGGUCCAGCAGCUCUCCUCCAAGACCGGCAAGGAAACGGAUCCGUCGUCGAUGGUCCUGUACUCGGGGCUCCCGGGGCCCGAUCUCACCCGGACCGCCUACCUGCGGGCCCCCGACGAGAUCCGCAAGGAGAUCGUCCAGAAACUCAACCACUCGGACCGCCAACCCGCCUCCAAGGGCGGAAAGGCCGGGGCCUCACACGUGCCGCGCAAGGAGGACACCUUUGUCCCCAAGACGCUGGAGCUCGAGGUGGAAUGCAGCGACGCCUACGGGAGGCUGGAGGUCGACGCCGACGGGAAGGGGGGGCAGCCCGAGGAACGGGGGGGCGUUCCCCCGCGCAAGGCGUCGGUCUGGGUGUCGACGCGGCCCCUCUCCCCGAGCGUCCAGGUCCUGUCGGCCGCCCUCUCGAGCACCCAGCGGAUCAAGGACGACAUGGCCGCGGCAUCGGACCUGGCAAGGGCCUACGACGCCAGGCGGAACAUUCCCCCCGAGCAUCGACUGGAGGCCCUCCUGCCGAGGGCCGUCCCGGGGAUCGCCGAGAGCGACGAUCCCCCGAAGCAGGCAGUGGAAGACGCCCUCGACGUGGCCAUCGCCUACCUGCGCCGGGUGCACCUCUUCUCGUACUACAACGGGUGCCAGCUGGCGUCCCGGGCGGCCGAGGUCUUUGAGGGAAACCACGCCGUGUCGACCAUCCACCUGCGCCUGGCCAACGCGGACGAGAUGCUGGCGGAGCCCCCCCAGGGAGCCGCCGCGACGCCGGAAACCGAUGCCGGCGCCCCGCCAAAGGUCGAUCUCCUGGUCCAGCGCCUGAACGAUUCGAUCGGGGCAGCGCUCAAGACCUCCGAGGAAUGGGCUUCGGCUGCGGCGGUAGCGGAACCUCCGGGCGACGGAAGCGUCCCGGAUGGGAUGGCACCAGCAUGUAUCGUCAUCGACGAGGAGACCGACCGACAGGCGAAGGACAUCCGGUACCAGGAAUCCCAGGUCGAGGGCGGGUGGAUCGAAGACCACGCUCUGAUCGACGAGGACGGACGCGCCAGGUGCGCCUUCCACUUCUGCCGGAAGCUCUUCAAGGACUCGUCCUUCCUGAAGAAGCACCUGAUCAAGAAGCACUCGGAGUUUCUCCGAGCGGAAAUCGCCAAGUGUCACGAUUCCUACAUGAUGACCUCUUGGGACGCCCAGGAACAGAGGCCCGYCCCCCCCAUCCUGGUCGAUUGUGGGCACCGGUUCGGGCUGAAACCCAGCCCGGUMCUGGGGGCGGCCGAGCCGAUCGCUGAGGAUCCCGAGCCCGAGCUGUGGAAGCGGGAGGAAGAACGGCGCGAGUUCGAGGAGAAGGAAGCGGAACUCCGGAGGGAGCGCUUCCAGAACAGCCAAAACUACCACAACAACAACCACAGCGGCGAAAGCAUGGACGCGACCCUUUCGGAGGGCCGCAGCCWGGGCCGCAAGAACAAUUUCGAGGACGUCGACGACAUGAAGGUAGAAAAAGUGGAGAUUGCCUUUGAUUCGCUCGAAAUCCCCCUCCAACCGCCGAAAAAGAAGAAGAAGAAAAAGAAGAAGCUUUUGUAAAAUAAAUAAAGUAGAACCGAUGACGAGGAAGAUUGGGGCCAUGGAUUACAAAUACGAAACUAAAUAACUCGUGUCUAUAAACUUCAAGUUAAGAGAGUUUUUCUUCCCCGUCCUUCGUGCCCGAAACCCAAAGCUGACCUGAUCGACUUAAUUUCUACUKCAUCGUGGCCGUCUUCUUCAGAAUAGAAAACGCGGCGUCAUCAGCCGUCUUCGGCCAUACCGAUCAUUCGACGACACCCACUGCUGACAAAGUCCCUCGCAAACGGUAUGUAGGAGAGACAAUACCACGUGAUUGCCACGUACUGCCCGAUCAUGAGCAGGAACARGAUCAUUCCACGAAAGGGGAAAUGCGGCAGCAGCAACAGAACCAGCGUGACUGCGAGACUCCCGAGGUAAAAGGUAGACGCGAGUUUUCUGGAAGGGUUAAACAUUCUCUGGAAUUGCAUUUCGGGCCUGGUGAGGAAGCACGUUCCGCWCAAGGCAAUGACGUUUCCCACCGUGACAUUGACGACAAGGGGGACUGGAUUCCCCAUGAACAGGCUCUUCAUGCGCAUGAAGCUCCCAAAAGAAAGAAAGUAGCCACACACCAUCAUCGUGACGCACCCCAGCAAUCGUUCCCGGAGCGUCAGACUGGGCAGGUUGUCGUAAAAACGCUGCACCGAAACCGGRCAGCGGCCGCAAAAAUCCGACUCGUUGCCCCCGCUCAACGCAUCUCGUUCGGCCCUGGUCUCUUCGUCCUCGUAGAUACCAAGAUCCGCCAUUAUCUCGAUGUCCUCUUGGUCGUUCGUUCCACUCGGAAUCAACCUUGCGUAACCGGAUCUGAUGUUUUCGAACAUGGUUCGUUUGUUAUGUCUAYCUCUUGAACUUUGUUUCGGAUUGCAGUGGACGAUAUUGGGAUAAAGAAUCACUUGUAUA